AUGCCCAGGCCGGGGAAGAGCUCGUACAGCGACCAGAAGCCGCCCUACUCCUACAUCUCCCUGACGGCCAUGGCCAUCCAGCACUCGGCCGAGAAGAUGCUGCCCCUGAGCGACAUCUACAAGUUCAUCAUGGAGCGGUUCCCCUACUACCGGGAGCAUACGCAGCGCUGGCAGAACUCCCUCCGCCACAACCUCUCCUUCAACGACUGCUUCAUCAAGAUACCGCGCCGCCCCGACCAGCCGGGCAAGGGCAGCUUCUGGGCGCUGCACCCGGACUGCGGGGACAUGUUUGAAAACGGCAGCUUCCUCCGCCGCCGCAAGCGCUUCAAGGUCCUGCGCCCCGAGCAUCACCUGCCCGCUCCCCCGGGCAAGGUGCCGGGGCUGGCGGGCUCCGAGGCGGCCGUGGCCGCCGCCGCGGCCGCCGCCGCCGUGGGGAGGCUGCCGCAGUUCUCGCCCUACGGGAGCAGCCAGCCGUCGGGCUUCAAGCAUCCCUUCGCCAUCGAGAACAUCAUCGGCAGAGAUUACAAGGGCGUGCUGCAGGCCGGCGGGCUGCCGCUGGCCUCGGUGAUGCACCACCUGGGCUACCCGGUGCCCAGUCAGCUCAGCAGCGUGGUGAGCUCCAUGUGGCCGCGUGGGGUGAUGGACUCCGUGGCCGGCGUGCCCGUGUCCCCCGACUACGGACCCUUCGGGGUGCCCAUGAAGGCGCUCUGCCACCCGCCGGCACAGACCAUGCCCGCCGUCCCGGUGCCCAUCAAGCCGGCGCCGGCGAUGCCCGCUGCCUCGGCCAUCCCCGCUCUGACGGUCGCCGCCUCGCAGAUCUGCCCCGCCGCUUCGCCGGCCGCUGCUUCGCUGCUGGAACAGACCGCGAGCAACACCCCCGAGGGCAAGGGCUCCCUCCACUCCGUCCUGGUGCACUCCUAA